UAUCUCUCGGCGGGCAAUCUCAUUCAAAUAGGAAGACGAUCGGCAGAAUCUCCAUUACAGAAUCGAAACUUGAAGCGAGAGAAUGCCGGUGGAGAUGCCCAAGGGCUUGCCGUUCUCGGUGGACACAUGGACUCCCUCUUCCCUGUGGAAGCGUCACCGUUUCCUCACCCACGCUCACCGUGACCAUUCCGUCGGGAUCGCCUCCCCCUCCUCUCGCCCCAUCUACUCCACCCGCCUCACCAAAGCCCUCGUCCUCCAUCACUUCCCCCAGCUUGACGGUUCCUUGUUCGUCGAAAUCGAGGCGGGGCAGUCCUUGGUGGUCGACGAUCCGGAUGGGCCUUUUGCCGUUACUGCUUUCGAUGCCAAUCACUGCCCCGGAGCUGUAAUGUUCUUGUUUGAGGGCGCCUUUGGUAACAUUUUGCACACGGGAGAUUGCAGAUUGACUCCCAAAUGCGUACUGAACUUACCGGACAAGUACAUUGGGGGAAAAGGCAAGGAGCCGCAGCGUCCACUUGAUUUUCUUUACUUGGAUUGCACAUUCGGAAAAUACCGCCAAAGCAUGCCAAGCAAGCAUUCAGCGAUACGACAGGUGAUUGAUUGUAUAUGGAAGCACCCUGAUGCUCCAGUUGUCUACCUGACCUGCGAUCUACUCGGCCAGGAGGAGAUACUGGCUGAGGUAUCACGGAUUUUUGGGUCCAAGAUCUAUGUUGAUAAAGCUGCCCAUCCAGACUGUUUUCGUUCUCUGGCACUCACAUUCCCAGAAAUCCUCUCAGAAGACCCAUCUUCUCGUUUCCAUUUAUUUGAUGCCUUCCCUAGAUUGUCCGAAAGGGCUAAAGCAAAACUUGACGAGGCUCGAAUUAGUUUGCAGCCCGAACCCCUAAUAAUUCGGCCUUCAUCACAAUGGUAUGCAUGUGAAGAGGAGUAUUCGCUGGCAUCAAUUAGACUAAGACAAAGAUUCGAUGAAGCAGUUAGGGACGAGUUUGGUGUUUGGCAUGUCUGUUAUUCUAUGCACUCAUCAAGGGAUGAAUUGGAGUGGGCCUUGCAGACUCUUGCCCCUAAGAGGGUGGUGUCAACAACACCAAACUGUUGGGCUAUGGAACUGGAUUAUGUCAGGAGAAAUUGUUUUGGCACUAAUAUAGCCUCAGAGGACCCUAUCUGGAAUCUUCUAGGCAUCAACGCCAAAAUUCCCAGCGACAUUGACAUCCCUUCUGAGUGCAUGAAGUUGCCACCUUCAUUAUCUGAGCAAGCUCAUAGUUUUGUGGACUGUGGAGGAAAAUCAGCAAAACCAUCCACAAAUGGGAGUGAAGUUUCAGAUUUAUCUCCUCCGAGUAAACGGCCUUCGCUGACACUAUUUGGUAGGGCCAGAAUUGGUUUUGAAGGCUCUGUCCAUAUGCAGGAAGAGAAGAAAAUUGCUUCCAGAAAUGACGAGCCAUUGCACAUUAUUUGCACCACUAUUCAGCAAACUCAGCCUGAACUGUCAUGCCGAGAAGAUAGAUAUACUUUGGAGCAUUGUGAGGAAUCAAAUGAAGAUAAAGUCGAGGAAGAUUUUGCUGAAGCAGUGCAGACUGAUUGCAAGACUGAUUCUUUUUCGUCUCUUGGGUCAUCAAACAAUUUCAAUGAGAGUAUGAGGAAGUUGUACAGAUCAAAGAAUGUUUCGGUGCCUCGACCUCUACCCUCCUUGAUGAAAUUAAAUGCCAGUAGACGUGCUAUUAGGAGCCUUAAAGAUAAGCCGGCUUGCGUUGGCCUCUAACAUGUUGGGGAGUUUUGAUGAGACGGCGAAUGUCUAAAUGUGGACAAGAGAGCAAAUGUCAGAAGAGAUGCUCUGAAAGUUUGAUCGUCAGUGAAGAUUACAGGAAUACUAGGCGUAUUGAGAAAGAAAUGGGCAACUUUUCCUUC